AUGAUCAAAGCCGCCCAAGGUCGACCUCUGCGCCUGGGCGUGCUCAGCAUGGCCCGCCGACCCAAACGCCUGAGCAGCAGCAUGAGAGUGGUGUCUCAGAGCGGAGACAGUGUGAGGGACAGUCGAGCUCAUAAAGCCAUGGAGUUUAACAAGAAGGUGGAGGAGGUGUUGGGAGAGGAGACAGACGUGAAGGAGCACCUGUUCGAAGUGUUGAAGCAGUAUGCAGCCGACAGAGACGUGGAGAGUUUAGCUGAAGCUCUGCCGGACAUCCUCAUCACAGAGGAGCACCAGCAGCUCAUUGACAGCGUAAGGAUCUUCAUCCCCAAGAAACACCGGGAGCGCUUCGAUGAGGUUGUGUCUCAGAAUCUGACGAGCCAAGUGAAGGGGCGCAGCUUCAGUGGACCCCAGCCGCAGGCCAGUUCAGUGCCCCGUACCCACGCAGAGGAGGGUGCUCCAGCUCCCUCCAGAGGCAUGAGGAAGACCACUUCUCUCAUCGCUGGACACUCCGGCUCCUCAACCAACUGCAGAACUGUUAGAGUCUGCAAAGGAAAUAUGAGUUUUGGCUUCACUCUCAGAGGGCAUGCACCAGUCUGGAUUGACUCUGUCAUUUCUGGAAGCCCAGCUGAUAAGGCAGGUCUUAAACCUGGAGAUCGUAUUCUGUUUUUGAAUGGACUAGACAUGAGGACUUCCUCCCAUGAGAAGGUUGUUUCCAUGCUUCAGGGAAGUGGUGCUAUGCCCACUCUGGUGGUGGAAGAAGGUAUCACUAACUUUCCUCUGGCAGAGCCAGACUUGACUGGUGGCAGCGGCCCCACAGAGCGCUGCCGCUCUCCUGUGCUCAGCUCUCUGCAGUGGAUCGCAGAGAUCCUCCCUCCUAGUAUCCGGGUUCAGGGUCGCACCUUUGGACAGCAGUUGGAACACCUUCUGACCAUCAAGGAGCGCUACACUAUCUGCAAAGGUCUGGAGAAUUUCUUCCAGCAUAGGAAUGUAGACACUCUAAUUGUGGACGUCUUUCCAGUCCUCGACACCCCUGCAAAGCAGGUUAUCUGGCAGUUUGUUUACCAGCUCUUGACUUAUGAAGAGCAAGAACAUUGUCAGAACAAGAUCACACGCUUCCUAGGGUUCAAAGCAUCAGAAUACAGUAUAUUUUCUAUCCUGCAGUUCCCCCCACCUCCUCCUCCUCCUCCUCCUCCUGAAGAGGAGUCUGAGGCGGCCCCUGAGCCUCAGCGCCGCAGCAGCUCCAUGAGAGUGACGGGAAACACCUACAAGAGCAGCGUGAGAGGACGCAGCUCAGACGACCUGGCCAUCGGCACACAUCUGGGACCAGGCAUGCGAGGUGAGCCAGCUCUCGAGACGGGCAUGAGGCUGGCUCCAGGAGAAAGACAGUCAGGUGAUGGCACUUCUCUUCCUGAGACCCCUAACAACCUCACCAAUCUGUCAGCUGUGUACGCUGAACUAGAGAAUAUGUACUUGUCUAAGAGAUCCAAGUCUUUAAAAAGUCGCCCUCCUCCGGCCCCAGACGAUGUGCCGGAGCUGGACCGUCAAUCCUGCACAGCGUCACCUGCCAGCCAUGGAAACGCAGCCCCAUCCUCCUCUUGGGUUGAGCCCCUGUCCAGUUCCCCUUCGUCACAUUUCUAUCCUGGAGGAAUAACCACCCCCCACCCCAGCGUCUCAACAAGAGGCCGCUACACCUUCUCCAAGCCGCCACGCUCUGAGGACACUGACCGCUUCCUGGACGCCCUGAGCGAGCAGCUGGGACAGAAAGUGGCCAUUGUUGAUGAUUUCCUGAACCCCGACAAUGACUAUGAGGAGGAUGUUGUGCAGAUGGGAUUUCCGGAUGAGGAGGAUGAUGAAGAUGUCAACGAAGAGGCAGCGGGAGACGAGGAGGCAGCGGCGGCUUCGUGGUUCAACGACCUGCCUCCACCUCCACCCGCCCCACCUGCACACGGCCAGCAGCAGCAGCAGCAGCUACGGGUCAACUUCACCCCAGAGCAGUCUCCCCGAUCUUACGUCCCUGUACGUCGUAAAUCCGGCCCGCCUCCUCCGCCGCCACCCCGCUGCAACGUCCCACCAAAACGCCACUCUCUUCACAAAGCUCUCCCGGCAAGAGGCGAAAUGCAGUCCCGUUCCACCAUCAAAGAGCUGAAAGCGUACCACGAAAGACAAGCGUAUGGCGAGCAGCAAGCGUUCAAGAAAAGGCAGGAGGAACAACAAGCGUACAAAGAACGACAGGCUUACGAAGAGCAGAAGGCUUUUGAGGAGCGGCAGGCCUACCAGGAGAAGAUUUUCAAGGAAAGACAAGCCUACGAGCAGCAGAAGGAAUAUGAGGAGCAGAAAGCUUUGAAAGAACAACAAAUGUAUCAAGAGAAACAGGCGUAUGAGCGAAGGCAGCAAAGGGCCUACGAGAAAGCCUACCAAGAGCAGAGGGCGUACGAGGAGCAGCAGGCCUUUGAAGAGCAACAGAUGCAUCAGAUCUAUCAGAGCCACCACUCCAUGCCUGCCCAACCCACACAGAAAGUGGCCUCCCCUCUGCCUCUCCAGCAGCUGCACCAGUCUCUGCCCCCACUGCCCACUCCACCUGACGCCAUGAUGCAUCGCUCCAACCACCAACUGUAUAUGAUGCAGCAGCAGCAGCAGCAGCAGCAGCAGCAACAACAACAGCAGCAGCAGAAUUACCUCAUGCACAGAAGACUUUCCCGCUCUGCACCUCCUCCAAACCCACCAAACCCUCAGCUCAUGGGACACAUGCAAACAGGGCAAGGGCAGUACACAGAGGGUAUCUACCAGAGCCACCAAGGGCCAAGAGCGUCGUCCCACCACUCUUCCACAGAGAUGCUGAACCAGAUGCACCGGUCCCAGCCUCACCACUCGUCCAUAGAGAUGCUUCAUCAGAUGCAGCAGCUAGCCCAAAGCCACCACCCCCCCGCUGAGGUCUUCCAGCACACUCACUACCCCUCACAAAAUGAGAUCCUCCAUCAAAUGCAUAAAGCUAAGGUCCACCACUCGUCUUCUGAGCUGCUGCACCAGAUUCAGCCUCACCACUCCUCCUCUGAGCUCCUCCACCAGACCCCCCACACGCACAACGGCUCCACCGAGCUGCUUCACCAACCAGACCCACCUCUGCCCCCCGUUCACCUGAGCCGGGACAGCCACUCGCACCAGAGCCGGCGCAGUGUGAAAGGACAGCAUCAAGCUCCGCCUCCACAAGCCCAGCAUAACCCCCAGCCCAGCAAACCCUCCCCUCAGAGACCUCACUCCGUCCAGCAAACUCACCACCAGAUCCAGCACAUACAUCACAUGACCCCACAGCCGCCAUCGCAGGAUCACCCUCACCAGAUCCACGUCAUUCACCCGCCACAGCAACAACAGCAUAGGCCUCAGCCGCUGCUUUCAACUUUCCAACCUCUCCAGCCCACCCCGCCCCCGCUGUCUCACCCAAGCUUCCAGCCGGUCAUGAGCCAGGCAGCCAAUCAGAUCGGUCGGCCUCAGUCUCAGCCCUCUCAUCACCUGCUCCACUCCCAGCCUCCACCUUCAGCCCACCAUCACAAACUGCAGAAUCCCCACAGUGACAGUCGGCAGCCUCAGUCUCUGCCCCACUCGCUGUCUGAUCCGGAGCGUCUCGACCCCCCGGCUCCUCCGCCGUUGCCCCCUCCUUGCUCUCCCCCUCCUCUGCCCCGUCCCAGUCUGUCCCGGAUGGACUCACAUCAUCUGAGCGUCAAGAGGCUGCGCUGGGAGCAGGUGGAGAACUCAGAGGGCACAAUAUGGGGACAGCUUGGGGCAAGUUCAGACUAUGAUAAACUGCAUGACAUGGUAAAGUAUCUGGACCUAGAGCUUCACUUUGGACCACAGAAGAACUCAGCACCUGCCCCAGAAUCCGCUCCUCAGCCUGAAGCCACAAAAACAAAAGAUGUGGUUCAAAUACUAUCCCAUAAAAAAGCUUACAAUGUCUCAAUCCUGAGCGCACACCUGAAGCUGUGUCCUGGAGAGCUGCAGCAAGUGCUGCUGAGGAUGACCUCUGAUCGUCUGGAGCCGUCCCACAUCAAACAGCUGCUUCUGUACAGCCCUGACCAAGACGAGCUGCACAAGUAUGAAGAGUACAGGCAGAACCCCGGCAAACUGAGUGAGCCCGACCAGUUUGUGCUGCAGAUGUUGUCAGUGCCAGAGUACAAAACACGUCUGCAGUGUCUCCUCUUCAAGUGCACUCUGCCGGAGAAGAUCGAAGAGCUGAAAGGAGCUUAUGAUUGUACUUAUAAUGCUUCUAUGGAGCUAAAAACUAGCAAGAAGCUCGCCAAGAUACUUGAGUUUGUGCUGGCUAUGGGGAAUUACUUGAAUAACAGCCAACCUAAAACCAACAAGACGACCGGCUUCAAGAUCAAUUUUUUAACUGAGCUGAGCACCACCAAAACAGUGGAUGGGAAAUCCACCUUUCUGCACAUACUUGUCAAGUCUUUAUGCCAACACUUUCCCGAAGUGUUGGAUUUUUCCAAAGAUCUCACAAUGGUUCCACUUGCAGCAAAAGUUAACCAAAAGAGUCUUGCAUCAGACCUGAACGACCUCCAUUCAACAAUCCAGGACAUCCGUAGCGCCUGUCAAAAGAUGCCCACUACUGCGGAGGACCGCUUUGCAGUGGUCAUGAGUAACUUUCUUGAGAACAGUCAUCCUGCGCUCCAGUCUGUGGAGUCGUUACAACAGAGGUCUGUGGAGGAGUUCCUCAAAACGGCCUCUUACUUUGGAGAAGACGGGAAAUCCACCAGCUCAGAGGCCUUCUUUGGCAUCUUUGCGGAAUUCAUAUCAAAGUUCGAGAGAGCUCUCAGUGAUCAGCAAAGUUCAGAGAAACCCAAAAGCCCCAGGAGUCCACGCGUGACCACUCCCCUGGCCUGGUAA